AUGAAGACCUAUUUUAUAUCUCAAGAUUUAUGGGACUUAGUUGAUAGUGACUUCAAUAAUCCAGAAAAUCCAAUCGUGGAACAGUUGAGGCAAUUGAAGAAAGAUCAACAAAAAGAAGCAAAGGCCUUAUAUGCCCUGCAACAAGCCUUGCAUGAUACAAUUUUUCCAAGGAUCAUGGGAGCCACAACUGCAAGGGAAGCAUGGAAUACCUUAAAGGAGGAAUUUCACGGCAAUGCCAAGGGCUUUACCGCUAAGCUGAUGGAGAAGACUAAAGACAAGCUUGCUGUGGUGAAAUCAGAGUCAGAGGACUUGAGCAUCUAUAGAGUUCCUAAUAAACUUCGAGAGGUGAAGGCUGAUGCCUACAACCCCCGCGUUGUGUCAAUUGGGCCUUUUCAUCGAGGCCACCAUGACCUUGCAGCUAUGGAAAAGCAUAAAUCGCUUUACAUGCUACACGUUCUCCAGUACACAAAAACUCGUCAAGAGACUCACGAUUGCUUGAAAGACUGCAUCAAGGCUCUUUAUGAUUUAGACAUACAGGUUCGCCGAUGCUUUGAAGAAAUCAAGCCCGUCGACAAUCCGCUUACAGAAGUUAUGUUACUAGAUGGUUGCUUUAUAUUGGAACUUUUCCUCAGGUAUGACCAACACUGCUUAAAUAUGAAGCAGAAAUACAAAGUUGAUCCAAUAUUCAAUAAUGCUUGGAUGAUCCCGGCACUUAGGCAGGACCUAGCAUUACUUGAAAACCAGAUCCCCUUCAUUGUUCUCAAAAAUUUGUAUCAAAUUAUCAGGCCUAAUGUUGUCAAUCACUAUACAGUGUAUACACCACCAAACUCAGUCACUAGCCUUGCUCUUAAGUUCUUUCAACCUAUGAACAAUAAAGCAUCAGUAAGAGAAGAUAGGGACACUGACUGCAACCAUUUGCUUGAUCUCAUACACAAAUUCUAUUUCCUCCCGAGUUUGGAAUCUAUAGUAACUAAUUAUCACCAGGUUCAAAAUGGUGGUAAUGGCCACCUCUCUAUCAACCUCACAAUUGAUAUGGCUCCGCAGAAUCAAAUUGUUUCAACAGUGCGAACAACUUCCCUCCCUAUAUCUAGACCUAAUAUGAUCCCAGCAUCAUCAGCAAGCUAUAUUGACAAGGGAUUCAGUCAUGGCGCUUCAAAACUCUUAGAGUCCGGAGUCCAGUUUGAAGAAGGGUCGACCCAAGACCAUUUGCUCAACAUAACAUUCAACAAGGGAGUAAUCAAAAUCCCUCCAGUUUUCACUGACGAGACAACAGAUUCACUCUUCCGGAACCUGAUUGCUUUUGAGCAAUGCCAUCUCAUGAGUUCAUCACAUCAGAUUACUUCGUAUGCCAUCCUCAUGAAGAGUCUCAUUCGUUCCAAAGAGGAUAUCAAACUCCUUCAGAAAAGAAAGAUUUUAAAUCCAAGUUGGGUAGGAGACCAAUAUUUGAUUGAUUUUGAAACUAUUCUUGAUCAUGUUCAUCCAAAGGACUUCUGCUUUGGCAAGCUGUGUGAGGACGCGAAUGCUUACGGUAAGUCUUGGUUUCACUGGCACAAACACAAAGUAUUUUGGAUGGUGCAGUUUCGGAGACAAAUAAGGUCCCUUUGUAGCACAUAUUUCUCUAGUCCAUGGAGUAUCAUAGCAUUCUUGGCUGCGGCUGCCAUUUUCGGUCUCACUGCCACACAGACACACUACGCCAUUCACCCUCGCUAA